CGAUAAGCCCAUAUUCACAAUAAGUGAAUGUAUAUAACUUCACAACACUAGGGUUUGUUAUUUUCUCACUUGAGCUGCCGUCCCUCUUCCACCUUCAGAAAGAAAAAUGCCGAAGCAAAUUCACGAGAUUAAGGAUUUCCUUCUGACGGCAAGAAGGAAGGAUGCACGCUCUGUGAAGAUCAAAAGGAGCAAGGAUGCAGUCAAGUUUAAGGUUCGCUGCUCAAAGUACCUCUACACCUUGUGUGUCUUUGACAAGGAGAAAGCUGAUAAGUUGAAGCAAUCUCUUCCACCAGGUUUGAGCGUUCAAGACCUUUAAGCUGUAUCUUUCUGAAAGUGUCGGGUCAAUAACCUUUACCCAGUUUGAAGUUAUCAAAAGGAUGUUGGUAUGCUAUUGAAUUUCCAUAUAUUGCUACAUGGUCAGUUUAUGUUUGUUUUGUUUGGUAUAGCAGACAUGUAGUUGUAGUGGUAGUGUUUAAUUUUGAUUUUACUUUGUUGAUGUUAACUUUGAUUUGGAUGGAUUGAAAUGCAUUGUUGAACAUGAAGAUAUUUAAUAUUUGUUAAAUCAUGGUCUGAAAUUUGUUA